AUGGUCGAGGCAUUCUUGCGCCCUAUGGUCUUUGGUCUUCUGUUCAUCCUGAUUAGUCUCGUCAUUUACAAUGUCCGCUCAAGAUCGAAACUGCACACCCUCCCACUUUUGAACUCAAGAAAGGGAGAGUGGUUUCCAUAUUACCGCACAAGGUUCAGAAAUACCACUGCGCUCAAGGAUGCUCUAAAGUUGGCGAGUGAAAAACACAAGAACGAGACAGUGCUCCUGGCAGUAGGCGGCCAUACAGAUCUGGCGCUGCUGCCGAAUAAUGAAACGACAUGGGUCAUCAAGCAGCCAGAGAACAUUUUGAGCAGACAUGCUCAGACUAGGGAAGAGCUCGCCAUCGACUAUGGCACCUACUUUGAUGAGAAGACCUUCCAUGCGUCGACCCCAAACCAAAUCAUUAACGGCAAGCUGAACGGCCAGACCGGCAACCUUAUCCCCAUUGUCCUGGAGGAACUGAACCACCACAUCAUUCGUGUCUUGGGGAGUGAUACGACCGACUUUCACGAUGUUUGCGUGUACGAGGCACAGCAAGCGGUUGAGUGCCAAGUCUCGGCGCGCGUCUUUUCAGGCGAUCCUGGCUUCAUAAUGUCAUUUCUGGGCUCUGGGGUCUUUCUGGGCUUCUUGCCCAAGCCAUUUAAGAUUCUUGCGGCACCUUUUGCCACAUUUCCGACUCGAAGAUACGAGAAAGCCUUCACUCGCCUUGUUCGGCCUGGUAUAGAGAAGAGGCUGAAGCAGCACGAGCAAAGGCUAGCCAGUGGCCCCGAGAAAACUGCUAUGGACCCUGAGCCCAACGACUUUCUGCAGUGGACCAUCAACCACGCUAUGAAGACGGGUGAUCCGCACUUCUACAAGGUGGAGACACUUGCUGGUCUACAGCUCCUGCUGAAUUUUGCUUCCAUUCACACGUCGACAUUCGCCAUCACCCACGCCAUACUAGACUUGGCCUCAUCCAAGCAAGAGUAUAUUGAUGAGCUACGCGAGGAGAUCACCACCGUCCUGGCAGAGCACGGCGGCACAUGGAGCAAGCAAGCCCUCUCGAAAAUGGACAAGCUCGACUCGACCAUGCGCGAGAGCCAGCGCCUCAACAUGCCCUCUCCCAUCGGCGUGCUACGCAGAGUCGUGGCCCAAGACGGGGUCACAACGCCCUCUGGCAUCCACUUACCCCAGCACUCGGUGAUCGCAGUUAAUGCAUGGGCCAUUCACGAUGAUGAGAAGAUCUACGGCGCCCACACGGACCAGUUUAAGCCGUUUCGCUUCGCCGAGAAGCGCGCUGACGAAAACAGCGACUAUCUCGAGCGGGCGCGCCAGAAUUGGGCUACUACUAGUGCUGAGUAUCUUUCUUUUGGCGCAGGCAGGAGUGCUUGUCCGGGCAGGUUCUUUGGUGCGGCGAAGGUCAAGUUGAUGCUGGCCUAUAUUCUGAUGCAUUAUGAUUUCGAGAUACAGGAGAAGCGCCCAAAUAAUGUCAUCUUUGGAUUGAAUGUUCUCCCCCCGAUGAAGGCUACUAUAAGAAUUAAGAGAAGGGAGAAGGUGCCUGUAUUUUGA